AUGGCAAAGAAGCUUCCGAUUCAACAUACAGCAAUGGGCAUUCUCUCGGGAGGAACUGCGGGAGCUAUUGAAAUUCUAAUUACCUUCCCUACGGAGUAUGUUAAGACGCAGCUUCAAUUAGAUGAGAGAACGGGGGUAGCUAGACGCUUUCAUGGUCCUGUAGAUUGCGUUAAACAAACCGUUCGAACACACGGAUUUCGUGGCCUUUAUCGUGGACUUUCCGUACUUUUGUAUGCGGCGAUUCCAAAAUCUGCUGUUCGAUUUGGUGGCUUCGAAGAAUUCAAACGACAUAGUGUCUCCCCCGAUGGCACUCUGACACCGGGAAGAAAAUUCCUCUGUGGACUGGGAGCCGGAGUAUGCGAGGCGAUUUUGGUAGUUACUCCAAUGGAGACGAUCAAGGUCAAAUUCAUCAACGAUCAGGCCUCAGCCAAUCCACAUUAUCGUGGCUUCGUCCACGGCGUACGUAGCAUCGCCAAUGAAUUUGGUCUGUCGGGCUUGUACAAAGGCGUAACGCCGACUAUCUUUAAGCAAGGUACAAACCAGGCGAUUCGCUUUUUCGUAAUGGAGACUCUGAAGGAUAAAUACCGCGCUUACCGAGGCGACACUGCACCCAAUCAACCAGUGCCUAAAGCCCUCACUGGCCUCUUCGGCAUUAUCGCCGGCGCCGCCUCCGUCUACGGCAACACGCCUCUUGAUGUCAUCAAGACGCGUAUGCAGGGUUUUGAGGCUCACAAAUACAAGAACACUCUCCAUUGUGCCCUCAAAAUUCUUCGAGAAGAGGGUCCUAUGGCCUUUUAUAAAGGCACGGUUCCACGAUUGACACGGGUGUGUCUGGACGUCUGCAUCACAUUCGUGAUCUACGACAGCCUCAUGGAGGUCUUUACCAAGGUGUGGCCCACCCAAAAACCUAAAGCCUCAAUCGGAUAG